AUGGAAAAUUUCGAUAUUCCUCCAAAUCAAACUUUGUAUGUAAAUAAUUUAGAAGAUAAAAUAAAUGUAAAUGACUUGAAAUUUUUAUUAUAUGAAUUUUUUUGCCCAUAUGGGAGUAUAAUAGAUAUAGUUUUAAAAAAAUCAAACAGAUCUAGAGGGCAAGCUUUUAUUGUUUUUAAUAAUAUAGCUUCAUCAACUUUAGCUUGUAAAAAUUUAAAAGGUAAAUUAUUUUUAAAUAAGAAUAUAAAUAUUAAUUAUGCAAAAACAAAAUCAAGAAUAAUUGAGAAAUUAGAAGGAACAUAUAAACCAACUAAAACAUGUAAAUCAUUAAAUAAUUAUGAAAAUAAAACUAAUUUAUAUACAUUAUUUGUUCAAAACUUACCUAAUGAAAUAAAUAAAAAUGCAUUAGAAAUUUUAUUUAAUCAAUAUCCUGGCUAUUUUGAAGCUAGAUAUAUACCAGGUAGAAAUGUUGCUUUUAUUGAUUUCACUUCUUAUCAGAAUGGAGAAAUUGCCAUGAAUGGGUUGCAAAACUUUAAAAUUACACCACAACAUCCUAUAAAAAUUUCUUGGUCUAAUUAA